AUGGCGACGUCUGGAGCAGGAGAGGGGUGCUCCAGCCUUAACGGGAUUGUUUCCGAGACAGAACACAAAAUAAUGACAGACCUACCGGCCGAAUUACUCGAGUACAUCUUAUGCUGCCCUGUCCUCAAGCAUGUCGACAUUUGCAACGUUUCCUGCAGCUGCAAGCGGUUACAGGACGUUUGCCACGGCAUGGGGAAGGUCUGGGGACACCAGUACAAACUCAGGUGAACUGACAUUAGCUUGCUUGCAUAAUCCCACACUAGCUAGCUAGAGAUGUAGCUAUCUAAUGCUAAAUGGCAUCUAAAUCGCAGUUGCCCCUCUAAAAUACGAAAUUAUGUAUAUCAGUAUAGUCAGCACAGAUCCGUCAUAGCGAGUUACUGUCGCAAGGGAGCUGUCAAACGGCCGUUGACAUUCUGCUGAUGCACCAAAUUCGACAUCACGUAAAGGAAUAGCUAGCUAGCUAACGUUAUGUAUCCAGCCUAGCUAGGUAGCUACUAUGUCCAGGGCUUAUAUAAGAAGCUACUAAAAUAUAUAAGUCACAAUUAACCAUUUCACAAUUCUUGUCUUGCACAUUAUCGUGCCUCUGAGGACAGACAUUAAAGUUGUGUGACCUUGAAUGUUGGGAAACAGUGAUUGAGGUGCAUAGGUCUUUUUUUUUUUGAGUCCCCUGUAUGGUCAAAGGUCUGGCAAACCACUGCUGCUUUAGAAUCUAUUGGAAUAAUUAUUUGCAAGCCAGCCACAUGUUACUACAUAGUAAUUAGGCCUUACAGAAAUGUUUAAUGUCAUUCUGUUUUAGAAAGAAAAGCAAUUUUCUUGUCCAUUAAAAUAACAUCAAACAGCGUUGCAAAGAAAAAGCCAUAUCUCAGACUGACCAUCUAAAUAUUUUAUUUUUAUUGGCCAGUCUGAGAUAUGGCUUUUUCUUUGCAACUCUGCCGGUCAGCAUCCCGGAGUCGCCUCUUCACUGUUGACGUUGAAACUGGUGUUUUGCGGGUACUAUUUAAUGAAGCUGCCAGUUGAGGACCUGUGAGGCGUCUGUUUCUCAAACUAGACACUCUAAUGUAUUUGUCCUCUUGCUCAGUUGUGCACCGGGCCUCCCACUCCUCUUUCUAUUCUGGUUAGAGCCAGUUUGCGCUGUUCUGUGAAGGGAGUAGUACACAGCGUUGUACGAGAUCUUCAGUUUCUGCAAUUUCUCACAUGGAAUAGCCUUCAGAACAAGAAUAGACUGACGAGUUUCAGAAGAAAGUUGUUUCUGGCCAUAAAAUGUACUUGUUCACCGAACUCAACUCCCUACUAAUCUGACACGUACAAUGAAAUUCACUGUAUCUGACUGCAAUCUCUUUUCCUACACUCCCCAGAUGGCCAAGAUUGCAGAAGCAUUACCGCCAGAAUGAGUGUUGUGAUUGGCUGAAAGAAUACAGAACGCGACACACUGUUGGUCUACAAAUACGACAAACAGUUGUAUCCAUCUCCAAGAGAUUCUUCACGGAAGUUGUAAGUAAUGUCAUUAGCUGUAAGCUGUCAUGGUUAUUGUCAUUCUGACUUAGCCAGGCUAGUUUGUGGACACUGAAGCAGUAUGAACGUGUAAAGGAGUUAGUGACAGUUGUCUCUUGGCCAUACUAAUCCACCACAUCAUGGUGUCUGUGAUUUAGCUGGCGUGCGCAACUGCGCACGUGAUCAUGCAUGCUUGAGUGUUUGUGUGUGUGUUGCGUGUGUGCGUAUCGUAUUUACAUGUGUGUGUGUGUGUGUGUGUGUGUGUGUGUGUGUGUGUGUGUGUGUGUGUGUGUGUGUGAGGUUGGCUGGCCUGGUUAGCACUAACCCAGAGAUCUGUAACGCAGCCUUGCGUUGGCCAGGUGCUGGGGGACAGCUUUGCUGAGAUUGAAUCCCUCGGGGCCCCUGAGCACUUCUGUGAAGACGAGCUGCUCUCCAUACUGAACUCAGAUAGGAGGUAAGAGCCAUGUCCACACUCCAGUCCAGCACGAAGAACUAUCUUUGGUCAUUGGUUCUGUUUUAUGUGUUAAUCCUCCCUGGAGCGUUGUAACAAUGGACAUAAAAUGAUUUUUGUUCUCCAUCUCUUCUUCUCUUUAUCUCUCUCUCAUCUCUUCUUCUCUAUCUCUCUCUCAUCUUCACCUCGCUUGCUCUCUCUCUCUCUCUUGUGCCUUCUCUCUUUCCAUCCCUCACACUCUCUCCUCUCUCACCCCACUCUCUCUCCCUCCCUCCCGUAGGAAAAGCCUAACACUGAAGUACUAUGCAAAGAAAAUCCUUUAUUUCCUGCGCCAGCAGAACAUUCUGAGGAGUUUAAAGAUGUUUCUGGAGCAGCCUGCAGAGCAGCAGUCAGCACUAGAGGGUGAGUCAUGGACGUGGUGUACUUAAUGUAGUACCUGUGGAGUGGGCCUAUUUAUACACUGCAUUUAUAUGUAUCAUACUCUCAUGACUUGUAUUCAUUGUAGGCCUAAAUAAAGUAAGGCAGACAGCUGAACAUGGGCCUAGCCAUACAUAUAAUAAUAAUGAGUGUUUGGAGAAAAAAAAAACAAUGGCCAUUUUUCCCUCUGCAUUGUGGUUUUUGAAAUAAUAUGAUUGCACCACCGUUUGCAUUAAAAUCCAUCGAGAAAGAGUGUUAAUAACAAAGUCAUAAAGAAAUGUAGUGUAUAACCAGCUUAUAACCACGUGUUUUUACAGUAUUAUAUUGUCUCCUCUCCUGCUGUAGGAGCUGUGCUGGUGGACCAGUAUUGUAACCCCCUGGCAGAUGUGUCGUUGGACGGUAUAUCCUCCCAGCUGGAGGAGAUCACUGACAAGGUCAAGAAGAUGUUGCGGAUGAAGAAUUCCUCUCAUCCAAGCCUGAGGGUCACACAAGGUUGGUCUGAACUGAAGAGCAGGAGAGAAACACAUGUUGGAAUGUUCUGUCCGUCUCUCAGGAAUUAAUACAAAGAGCUAAUACAAAGCCAGGUGUUGUCAGACCUCAAAAGUAGUCUAAUUUUAGUGCAUGUCCACAACUCCAGAAUCAAAAUUUGUUGACAACUAUCAAAGUUCACUAUUAUCUAACCGAGGAGCUUCUGAGUGUAUUACAUUGUACCAUUGUAUUUGACAUUAGUACAUUCUCAGCACUGUUCUUUGCUAAUAUACUUAACGGUGUGAUCCUUUGUGUUCUGUCUAGGUGACUGCUUUGCUGUGGAGGACUUUGAGCUCCAGAGGCAGGUGGUGGUUGCCCUCAAUGCUGUUUUAUACGAGCAGCUUCAGUACAAGGGCAACGAGUGUGAUUACUACAAUCCUCUCAACUCUUACAUACACCAGGUAGGUGCUCUCAUAGAGAGGCUAUAGAGGACUUGGAUGAUGAUUUACAUUUUAGUCAUUUAGCAGACACUCUUAUCCAGAGCGACUUACAGUUAGUGCAUUAAUCUUAAAAUAGCUAGGUGGGACAACCACAUAUCACAGUCAUAGUAAGUACAUUUUUCAUCAAUGAAGUAGCUAUCAGCAAAGCCAGAGCUAGUAAAGGGGAAAAAAGUGUUAGUUUACUAAAGGCUUCUUUUCUGGGGGGGUGGGGGUGCGAGGGGGGGUUCUGUGGGAGUAUUUAAGAUAUACUCUUUGAAGACGUAGGGUUUCAGAUGUUUUCGGAAAAUGGGCAGGGACUCUGCGGUCCUAGCUUCAGUGGGAUGUUAGUUCCACUAUUGUCGUGCCAGGACAGAGAAGAGUUUGGACUGGGCUGAGCGGGAGCUGCCCUUCCGUAGGGGUGGGAGGGCCAAUAGACCAGAGGUGGUAGAACGGAAUACUCGGGUUGGGGUGUAGGGUUUGAGCCUGAAGGUAGGGAGGGGCAGUUCCUUUUGCUGCUCCGUAGGCAAGUACCAUGGUAUUGUAGUGGAUGCAAGCUUUGACUGAAAGCCAGUUGAGUGUGCAGAGGAGUAGGGUGACAUUGGAGAAUUUGGGAAGGUUGACACCAGACGAGGCUGCAGCGUUCUGGAUUAGUUGCAGGGGGUUGAUGGCACAAGCGUGGAGCCCAGCCAACAGCGAAUUGCAGUAGUCCAGACGGGAUGUGACAAGUGCCUGGAUUAGGACCUGCGCCGCUUCCUGUGUGAAGUAGGGUUGUAGAAUAGUGGUCACCAUAUCCAAUUGGUAGUUACAGUCUUGUCCCAUCGCUGCAACUCCCGUACGGACCUCGGGAGAGGCGAAGGUCGAGAGCCAUGCGUCCUCCGAAACACGACCCUGUCAAGCCGCAUUGCUUCUUGACACACUUCUCGCUUAAUCCGGAAGCCAGCCACACCAAUGUGUCGGAGGAAACACCGUACCACUGGCGACCGUGUCAGCGUGCAUGCGCCCGGUCCUCCACAGGAGUCGCUAGAGCGCAAUGGGACAAGGACAUCCCAGCCGGCCAAACCGUCCACUAACCCGGACGACGCUGGGUCAAUUGUGCGUUGCCUCAUGGGUCUCCUGGUCGCGGCUGGCUGCGACACAGCCCGGGAUCGAACCCGGAUCUGUAGUGAUGCCUCAAGCACUGCAGUGCCUUAGACCGCUGCGCCACUCGGGAGGCCCCGGGUCACCAACCUUUUCUGAGUCAAGAUCACAAUCGUAGUCAAAAAGCAAGCCGAGAUCUCACGCUCAGAAUAAUAAAAAAUAAAAAAACAUUAACCUAAUAAAAACAGUAGGCCUAAUACAUUAUCACAGCAUAUUGACUAUAUGCCUGGCCUGCCAAUAUUGUUCUUCUCUCAGACCAUAUUAUAUUUCAAAACUUUGAUAACAAAAUAUAUCAAUUGGUGUAGUAGCACUUGCGAGGCACAGCUGAGCAUAUACUGAAAUAAUGUGCUUUUUUAUUUUACUGGACUGAUGGCACUUUCAUGGUGCUUUCAAGACAACUGGGAACUCUGAAAAUAAAAAGAGGUCAAAUCAUGACAUCAGUGAACUUCAGGUCGGAAAGUCAGAGCUCUAGAAAGACGCCUGAGUUUCCGAGUUGGAUGACCGUUCAAACCGAUUUUCCCCAGUCGGAUCUCCAUUUUUUCAGAGUUCCCAGUUGUCUUGAAUGCACUGAAGUCGGAAGUUGGAGUUUUCCGAGUUCCCAGUUGUUUUGAACACGGCAUUAGUCUCAGCAGAGGGAGGGAGAGAGUAGCAGAGGGUCCGCCCUCUCCUUCCUUUCCUCCGGUGAGAUUGAUCAGAGAGAGGGGACACAGUCUUCCACCUGAUGGAGAAACUCGAGUCGCACCGUAUCUGCCUCAGGCACAAAUUCAUGUUGUUCCUACUGAAAGUGAAAUACUCCUCUAUAUUAACAGACACGACGAGCUGCUAAUAAUAAUAAAAACGCAGGGCGAUCGAUACACUUGGCUACUCAUUCAUUGCAGCUGCAGCACGAGUGGAAGUAGAGAGAAGCGCGUUUUAUGUUUUGUAAUAGUAUUAAAUAAAAACAGUGUUGACAGUGCUGAGUAAAACUUAGACAUGAACUCACUCAUAAAAACAGCAGCUCUUUGCUGAAUUUUUGGACAGUCUCUCUCUGGUCAUGGUUUUUAAAGUUAUGAAAUCUCAUGUAGGCUAGUAUCAAACUUUGCUGUGGCCAGGGUCGUGGAAGCUGUAGGUAGGUACGGUGAUUUUAGCUAUCUAAUUGGCUAGCGCAGUAGGCGCACUCCAUUUAGCCACAGAUCUCCCAGUCCGCCGGGUAGGCGGAGUUGAUAUUUUCAGACAAAUGAAAUGGUUCAAAAACACUUUGCCUACCCGGUGCGCAUGGCUUUUGAAUCAAGUGCACCUACCACCAACAGGGCUUCUGAAUCAAGUGCACCUACCGCCAACAGCGCAAAAAAAAGGGGUGCAAGCCUUUGGGCCUUUAUCGUUGGGUUUUCUACAGAAAUGUUUGGUGAUCGACUAGGAAUGCCUUGAAGAUCGACCAGUUGGCGACCACUGAUUUAGAGCAUGAACCUGCAGGAGCGAGUCACUGCUUUGAUGUUUGUAGAGAACGACAGGAUGUUGUCCAGGGUCACGCCAAGGUUUUUUGCACUCUGGGAGGGGGCACCAUGGAGUUGUCAACCGUGAUGGAGAGGUCUUGAAGUGGGCAGACUUUCCCCGUGAGGAAGAACAGCUCCGUCUUGUUGAGCUUGAGGUGGUGGGCCGACAUCCAAGCUGAGAUAUCUGCCAGACACGCAGAGAUGCUUAUCGCCACCUGGGUGUCAGAAGGGGGAAAGGAGAAAAGUAAUUGAGUGUCAUCCGCAUAGCAAUGAUAGGAGAGACCAUGUGAGGAUAUGAUGGAGCCGAGUAACUUGUUGUAUAGAGAGAAGAGGAGAGGGCCUAGAACCGAGCCCUGGGGGAGACCGGUAGUGGUAGUACGUGGUUCAGACACAGAUCCUCUCCACAUCACCUGGUAGAAGCGGCCUGCCAGGUAGGAUUCAAGAGUGUACAGAACCUGAGAUGCCCAGCGCUGAGAAGGUGGAGAGGAGGAUCUGAUGUUUCACAGUCAAAGGAAACAGAUAGAUCUAGCAGGAUUAGAACAGAGGAAAGAGUCAGCUUUGGCAGUGUGGAGAGCCUCCGUGACACAGAGAAGAGCAGUCACGGUUGAGUGACCCAUCUUGAAGCCUGACUGGUUAGGGUCAAGAACAUUGUUCUGAGAGAGAUAGCAAGGAAGUUGGUCAGAGACAGCACACUCAAGUGUUUUGGAAAGAAAAGAAAGAAGGGAUACCGGUCUGUAGUUUUUGACGUCAGAUGGGUCGAGUGUUGGUUUCUUGUGGAGGGGAGCGAAUCUGGCCUUUUUGAAGUCAAAGGGUCAGGGAGCGGGCAUGUUGUCGGGCGGCCGGACCUCACUAGUCACAGGAUUUCAUCUGGAGAGAGAGGGGAAGUCAAGGCGUAGGGUAGUUCUUUGUGAGUGGGACCAGGGGACUCAAUAGGCUGAGUGAAUGAGGAGCAUAUGUCAUCACCCUUCUUUUCAAAGUGGUUGACAAAGUCGUCCGCAUAGAGGGAGGAGAUGAUAGGAUAGAAGAGGAGAGGGAGAGAGAGUAGUGGGAGAGAGAGAGCGAAGAUUGCGACAGCGCAUGUUCAUCUGGGUAGGGGCUGAGUGGCUAGGGUUGGAGGAGAGGGAGACAGAAAAGGAAACAAAGUAGUAAUCAGAGACCUGGAGUGGGGUUGCCGUGAGAUUAGUAGGUGAACAGCCUCUAGUAAAGAUGAGGUCAAGUGUAUUGCCUGCCUUGUGAGUGGAAGGGGAUUGGGAGAGGGUGAGGUCAAAAGAGGCAAGGAGGGGAAAGAAAGAGUUGGAAAGAAAUUAAUUGAAAACAGACAUCGGAAGGUUGAAGUCGCCCAGUACGAAGAGCGGUGAGCCAUCGUCAGGAAAUCUGCUUAUCAAGGUGUCAAGCUCAUUGCGGAACUCUCUAAGGGUACCUGGUGGGCGAUAGAUGACAACAAUGUUAAGCUUGAGUGGACAAGUGACAGUGACAGCAUGGAAUUCAAAUGAGGAGAUGGACAGGUGAGUGAGGGAGAAAAUAGAAAAUCUCCACUUAGGAGAAAUGAGCAGCCCUGUGCCACCACCGCGACGACUAGAUUCUCUCAGACUAUGAGAAAAAACGUAGUCAGAUGAAGUGAGAGCAGCUGGAAAAGCAUGAUAUGAUCCAUGUCUCUGUCAGGGCAAAAGGGCAGCAUAGGCUGAGAUGAACUCGGCGUUCUUGACUACAGAUCAUCAGUUGAAAAACGCUGUCGGAGACCAGAAAUUCCACUGGGUUGUGCACGCAGGGUACAUUAAAUUAGAAGGGUUGCAGCCAAUGGGUGGGGAGCGUCUGUAAAGCCUACACGGAGAGGAGUGAACUGGGAUAGAAAAAAAGCACAUAGUUGCCAAAGCUACAAAAGAGCAAAAUGAGAUCAUCUGAAAAUAACUAGGUAAGAUACUCCUGGUUGAUGUGUCAACAGUCAUCUGCAAAUUAUGAGCAGUCAGCAGUUCACACACCAAGUAGGCUACUGGGAAGACAGGUAGCACUUAAAGUAGAUGGCCUUAGCUAGCAAGAAGACAGUACUAGACAACAACAGAUUAAGACAAAAAUUAUACUUAUCACUCCUAGAGAUAUCAGGAGUCCUCCAGCUAGAGCUAUAGAUGUUAUCCUCGGCCUGUAAGCAUAUCAGAGUUCCUAGAUCAGCACUCUUUUUGAAUAUGGGCCCUUAUCUUUAUUAUUCAAAUAAAGUGAAAGUCUAUAGAGUCUAUUGAUACUGUUAUCCUCACAUUUUAAUGGACAAAGUUUCUCUUUGAACCCUCAAAGUGGCUCUUCCUUACAGUCCCAUGUCUUCUAUUCUCUACCUAGGUGUUGCUCCGCCGGACAGGCAUUCCCAUCAGCCUGUCUGUCCUGUACAUGACCCUGGCCAGGAAACUGGGGGUUCAGCUGGAGCCCGUCAACUUCCCCAAUCACUUCCUGCUUCGCUGGUGCCAGCAUCAAAGCGGGUAAGGGCCCGAGUGAGAGAGGAAGUGAAUGUAAGGCAUAUACUUAUUUAAUGAUCAGCCUUUAGUUCAGAACUAGUUCAUGAUUGGGUGAAAUGCACAGAUUGCUCUCCCAAAAUUGCUGGGUUUCAAUGUACCUGAUGUAGGAUCGUCUGCGUUGCAUAACAGAAAUCGCCUCAAAGUAACUUAUUUGUACUUUUAUUGAUAAAGCCACACGUCUCAUUCCAGGAGUGGGGACAUCUAUGACUUUGUGUACAUUGACGCUUUCGGUAAAGGCAAGCAGCUGACGGCUAAGGAGUGUGAGUACCUCAUCGGUCACCAGGUGACUGCAGACUACUACAGUGCCAUCAGUACCACAGAAGUGCUGCUAAGGAUGGUGGGGAAUCUGCUCAACAUCGGCAAGCGAGGGUAAGAGUUGUGGACUUAGGGAUGUGAUUUUUCCUUAACUAAUCAAUAACUUUUCUGACAUCAUCUUCUAUCUGUACAUCCAAAAUCUUAUUUUUCCUUAUUUUCUAUGUUGUCCUCAGGAUCUCAUCCUUGAGGUAAUGUUAGGGUUAGAGUUGGUCAAAAAUAAAUUACUACACUCAACUGUCACCAACUGUCGCUGCUCUGGUAUGAAAUAACACUGUGUAUCACUGUGCUGUGUCAUGCAGGGAGGGCAAUGAGAAAUCCUACCAGCUGCUGAGAGACUCUCUGGAUCUCUACCUCACCAUCAACCCAGACAACGUCCAAUACCUUCUACUACAGGCCAGACUCUACUUCCACCUGGGCAUCUGGCCUGAGAAGGUUAGCAUGAUAUCUCAAGAUGGCACAUCAUGAACCCAAGUACACUACCAGUCAAAAGUUUGGACACACCUACUCAUUCAAGGGUUUUUCUUUAUUUUUUACAUUGUAGAAUAAUAGUGAAGACAUCCAAACUAAGAAAUAACACAAAUGGGAUCAUGUAGUAACCAAAAAAGUGUUAAACAAAUCAAAAUAUAUGAGAUGUGUCUGUUACUUGAACUCUGUGUAGCAUUUAUUUGGGCUGCAAUUUCUGAGGCUGGUAACUCUAAUGAACUUAUCCUCUGCAGCAGAGGUAACUCCGGGUCUUCCAUUCCUGUGGUGGUCCUCAUAAGAGCCAGUUUCAUCAUAGCGCUUGAUGGUUUUUGUGACUGCACUUGAAGAAACUUUCAAAGGUCUUGAAAUUGUCCAUAUUGACUGACCUUCAUGUCUUAAAGUAAUGAUGGACUGUCAUUUCUCUUUGCUUAUUUGAGCUGUUCUUUCCAUAAUAUGGACUUGGUCUUUUACCAAAUAGGGCUAUCUUAUGUUUACCCCCCCCCCCAUACCUUGUCACAACACAACUGAUUGGCUCAAACGUAUUAAGAAGGAAAGAAAUUCCACAAAUUAAGUUUUAAGAAGGCACACCUGUUCAUUGAAAUGCAUUCCAGGUGACUACCUCAUGAAUCUGGUUGAGAGAAUGCCAAUAGUGUGCAAAGCUGUCAUCAAGGCAAAGGGUGGCUAUUUGAAGAAUCUCAAAUAUAAAAUAUAUUUUGAUUUGUUUAACACUUUUUUGGUUACUACAUGAUCCCAUAUGUGUUAUUUCAUAGUUUGGAUGUCUUCACUAUUAUUCUACAAUGUAGAAAAUAGUAAAAAAUUAAUAAAAACCCUUGAAUGAGUAGGUGUGUCCAAACUUUUGACUGGUACUGUCCAUGUAAUUGGACCAUAUGCCUUUACCCUGGCUUUGAUAAUGUUGAACACUUUACCAAAGAGGCAGCACAUUUAGAGUUUUUUGUAUUGGGCAAUCCAUUUUUGUUAGAAACAAUUUGUCUUCUGUCAUUUGGCUAUUGUUCUGCCUCUCUAACCUCCAGGACUAGCUGCCUCCACUUUCUUACUACGGUACAGAGCAGAGGACAAGCUUUCCCCAACUGAUAAUGACUGGUGUCUGCUUGAUGUCUCACCCCUUUCCUCUCCCUCCCUCCUCCAGGUCCUAGACAUCCUGCAGCACAUCCAGGCAUUGGACCCGUCCCAGCACGGGGCGGUAGGUUACCUGGUGCAGCACACGCUGGAGCACAUCCAGCACAAGAAGCACCCGGUGGAGCCAGAGGUGAAGAGACGCAGCGCCCCCGAGCACGUAGAAGUGCAGUACAGCGUAGGCCUGAUCAUGAAACACAAGAGGUGCGUCUGAGUUCUGACCAGGCAGUCAGUUACUCUAUCCACGUCCUUUCUUAUUUUGGUCUUCUUUCCAUCUGUCUAUACUCCACUACCCCUUUUCGAUAAAUGCAGAGAUUUUUUGGGGGGGAGUAUCUAUUGUGAUUAAUAACCAGUAGUGUGCGCCAUUCCCAUGAGUUUAAGUUGAUGUCUAGUAUUGCCCUGUAUUGUGACUCUGAUGUUUGUAUUGAUAAAGCCCAUGUGUUACACUGUACCCAAUCUCUCUGACACUGAGUGGCUGCCCCCCUCCCUGCCAGGUCUGGCUAUAACUGUGUGAUCUAUGGUUGGGACCCCAAGUGCACCAUGAGCCAGGAGUGGAUCACCACGAUGGGGGUCCAUCAGCUGUCCAGCGGGGCCAACCAGCCCUUCUACAACGUCUUAGUGCAGGACGGCACCUGUCGUUACGCUGCCCAGGGUACGUCUCCUCUAGACACACUAACAUACUGUACAUGUCACUGACAGACAAUCUCAAUGUGUCAGGGCAGUGGGACUUUGUUAAGAAGGCACUCUAAGAUGUAAGAAACUUGACAAAUGUAGUACUUGAAAUGCUUAUUGAAGAGUUAUACAUGCUGGAUGAGUAGAAUACCUGUCUGCUAAGGUGUAGGCCUAUAUGUUUUUACAUUGACACACAGAAUAUGCAGCUAUCUUGUACAGCAGUGGUUCCCAACUUUUUUCGGUUACUGUUCCAUCACUCAAUUUUGCUCUGCUCUGAGUACCCCUGAAGUACCCCCUCAUGUGCAUUUUACCAGUAGGCCUAUGGUCUCAUGAGUCUUCUCAAGUACCCCCUGUGGAUAGGCCAAGUACCCGCAGUGAUCCUAGUACCCCUGUUUGGGAACCACUGUUGUACAGUAAUAAUAUAAUAAUAAUAAUAAUAAUAUGCCAUUUAGCAGACGCUUUUAUCCAAAGCGACUUACAGUCAUGCGUGCAUACAUUUUUGUGUAUGGGUGGUCCCGGGGAUCGAACCCACUACCUUGGCGUUACAAGCGCCGUGCUCUACCAGCUGAGCUACAGAGGACCAGUAACUUGCCUCCACUCAGUUUAAGAUUUGAUGUCACAUGAUACGAUACUUAGGUUUUUUCUGUAAGUCUCUUUCCGCCUCUUUCUCCCGUCUCCCAGAAAACCUGGAGCCUCAUUCUGCUCCUCUGGAGAUCGCCCACCCAGAGGUGGGCCGCUACUUCUCCGAGUUCCAUGAAAGCCACUACGUUGCCAACGAGGAGUUGGAGACACGCUACCCAGAGGACAUGGCAGAAACCCUGGGCACCGUACGGGACCUCUACCACAGACUGACGUCCUCCUCAGGGCAGGCCUCAGGGCAACAGGAGAACCCUAACGGCCGUGGGGGCUCCUCCCAGGACCAGAAGAGCCAGGAGAACCAGGACACCAUGCCCAUGUAG